CCCUCCUUGCUCCCCUGCGCCCGGCGCGCCCUUCGCCCGGCCCCGCCUGCCCAGGCCUUUGGUGAACAUGGCGCUUGUCCCGUGCCAGGUGCUGCGGGUGGCCAUCCUGCUGUCCUAUUGCUCUAUCCUGUGCAACUACAAGGCCAUCGAAAUGCCCUCGCAUCAGACCUACGGAGGGAGCUGGAAAUUCCUGACGUUCAUUGAUCUGGUCAUCCAGGCUGUCUUCUUUGGCAUCUGCGUGCUGACUGAUCUUUCCAGCCUUCUGACCAGAGGAAGCGGGAACCAAGAGCAGGAGCGGCAGCUCAAGAAGCUCAUCUCCCUCCGAGACUGGAUGUUAGCUGUGCUGGCCUUUCCUGUCGGGGUUUUCGUUGUCGCUGUGUUCUGGAUCAUCUAUGCCUAUGACAGAGAAAUGAUAUACCCGAAGUUGCUUGAUAAUUUUAUCCCAGGGUGGCUGAAUCAUGGAAUGCACACAACCGUUUUGCCUUUUAUAUUAAUCGAGAUGAGGACCUCACACCAUCAGUAUCCCAGCAGGAGCAGCGGACUGACUGCCAUCUGCACCUUCUCUGUGGGCUAUAUAUUAUGGGUGUGCUGGGUGCAUCAUGUCACUGGCAUGUGGGUGUAUCCUUUCCUGGAACAUAUCGGCUCCGGAGCCAGAAUCAUCUUCUUUGGGGCAACAACCAUCCUAAUGAACUUCCUGUAUGUGCUGGGAGAAGUUCUGAACAGUUACAUCUGGGACACACAGAAAAGUAUGGAAGAAGAGAAAGAGAAGCCCAAAUUGGAAUGACAUCCAGCUCUACGGAAUGAGCAAAACCAGUCUGUCUUUGAAUUGUUAUCCCCUGGGCACUGAUGGUGCAGGAAGGAAAACUUUAGAGGAAGCAAAUGACAUCAGCCUCAUCUUCCUGCUUGGAGGAAGGACAACUUUUAAUGUAGAAAUAUGUAUUUAAAAAAAUGGAGUACCCUGGUGUCCAAAUUAAUUCAUCUCAUUGUGACUUAAAGGUGUUCCCCACUCCAAAGAAAUCCCUGAUUGACCAUAUCUUUGCUUUUCUAGUUUUAAAACUAAAAUUGGUCAUUGAUUUUUACUUCUACAAUUACAAAUCCACUAAAUCAAGAAAGAAUAAAAUUCCAUUGUGUUUCUUACCAAGACUGAAAGGGGCAGAUGUGACACAAGGCACUGAUGUAUGUAGUCAUGAGGGUGGGUGGAAUAAUGAACCACAGCAUGAGGCAGACAGAAAGCAGGAUAGAUGGUUCCUGUUGCAAUAAAGCCAUGGUUGCCUCAAAAGAGCAAUGUUAGUAAGAAUGGUAUCAACUUAGUCAAAACCCUGAGUGUGCUUGGAUCUCCUGAUUUCCUCUUGUGAAACUCUUCCUAGAUGCAAACUUCAACUUUAAUAAAGACCAGUCAAUCUGA